AUGGAUUUGGAAUUAAGCAUAUCAAGAAUGAAGGUGUUCAGGGCUAAAUCGAUUGCAAAGGAACAACUGUAUGGUGACUAUGAAAGGCAAUAUAAUUUGCUGAGAGAUUACUGUUUGGAGUUACAAACCAAUAACCCAGGUACAACAGUGAAGCUAGAAGUGUGUAAUGAACCAAAUCCUGAUGUUCAAACUCGUAUUUUCAAGAGGAUAUACAUUUGUCUUGGAGCACUUAAGUUGGGGUUCAAAUCUGGAAAAAGGGAAUUAUUAGGACUGGAUGGAUGUUUCUUGAAAGGACCACACCCUAGACAAAUUCUAACAGCUGUAGGUCUUGAUUCCAACAAUGGAAUAUAUCCACUAGCUUAUGCAAUUGUGGAAGCUGAGACAACAAGUUCAUGGACAUGGUUCUUAGAAUGCCUUGGUGAUGAUUUGGAUUUGGAUGCAUCAUGCAACUUCACUUUUGUAUCUGACAGACAAAAGGGCAUAAUACCUGCAAUAGCAAAAGUGUUUCCAAAUGCAGAGCAUAGAUGGUGUUUGAGACAUAUACAUGAAAACAUGAAGUUGCAAUGGAGGGGAGAAGAGUUUAGAGAUCACUUAUGGAGGUGUGCUACACAUACAACCAUUAGGCACUUUGAAAGGUCAAUGGAUGAGUUCAAAGAUUUCAGUGCAGAGGCUCAUGAAUGGCUAAGUAAGAUUCCUCCAGUUUAUUGGGCUAGGUCUCAUUUCUCAGGUAGAGCCCAUUCAGAUUGUCUUUUAAACAAUUUGUGUGAAGUAUUCAACUCUAAGCUAGAGCAUGGAAGAGACAAGCCUAUAAUUACAUGUUUGGAGUACAUAAGAGUGUACUUGAUGAAGAGACAUUGCAUUGUACAAAAAGAAAUUGAUAAAUGCAAAAGUCUAUUAACCCCCACCGCAACUACCAUACUUGACACAAUCAAAACAGCUGCAAGCAAAUAUAGGGCACUCUUUUGUGGUUCUGGAAAAUAUCAAGUGACUGGUAUGAUGUUUGAUCAGUAUGUGGUCAACUUGAAAGAGGGUACAUGUAGUUGUAGGUAUUGGGAGAUAACAGGGAUAGUCUGCAGGCAUGGAGUUUGUGUAAUAUGGGAACAUAUUCAAAAUGGUGAAAAAGCCCAACAACCUGAAUAUUGGGUGCAUCCUUGUUAUAAGCUAGAAACAUGGAGGGCAAUGUACUGUAACAAAAUAGAUCCAAUCAAUGGCAGGAGCAUGUGGCCAAAAUCUAGAUGUCCAACCACUCUUAUACCACCUACACAUCACACACAAGUUGGAAGGCCAAAGAAAAAGAGGAGGAGGGCUAUAGAUGAGGCUAGUAACCAGUCAAAAAAACUAUCUAGGAAAUUCUUGACUGUUACUUGUUCCAAGUGUCAUAACAAAGGACAUAACUCUAGAACAUGUAAGGGGCAAGGGGGGUCAAGUCAGAGAGCAGUGGGUGGAUCAAGUCAAGGUGGUGUGGGUGGAUCAAGUAAAGAUGCAUUUGGUGUAACAAGUCAAGGUUCAGUGGGUGGAUCAAGUGAAGAUUUCACGGGUGGGUUAAGAGCAAAGAAGAUAGACAAGGGGAAAAAAGCCUCAAGUAGGACCUAA